CGGUAACCGGAUGGAGGCUAGACCUGACGAGAACCUGUAGUUACAGCCACGUCUACAGAUAUAUAUAUUGGUGGACAUCAGAUCAGACUGAUUACGGUAGUCGAGACGAGUCUCUCAUAUCAGUCAGACGUCCACCCUUCCCCCUGUUUACCUUAACUAAGAAACAAUGGUGUUCGGGACAACAGUAGCAGCAGUGCUUGGUGGCACGGCAGCCGUCGUUGGAGCACCCGUUGUACUUGCCGGCAUCGGUUUCACUGGAGCAGGAAUAGCAGUUGGAUCUUAUGCGGCCUCUAUGAUGUCUGCAGCAGCCGUUGCCAAUGGUGGAGCUGUGGCGGCAGGGUCGACAGUUGCUGUGCUACAGGCUGCCGGCAUGGCAGGCGUUCCAGCAGCUGUAAAUGCAGUACUUGGAGUUUCGGGUGCAACUGUGGGUGCUGUUGUAGCUGCCAUACUGUAACUGAAUUUCAGUAGCUGUAAUCUUUAUUUGAAUACAGAUAGAUUUGAAUUAACACUAAUUGUAACCUGUUGGAUUUGAAUUAGUUCACUUUAUUUGAAUAAAGAUAUAGAUUAAACACAUUGUAUCCUGAUAGAUAUGAUUUAGUACUGAAACCAUCUGUUUUUUUCUUUUAGCCAAUGCUUCAGAAUUCUGUGAAACCAUUGUAUCAUGUAUUAUAAUAAGUUUGAAAAUAAGUUCGAAAUAAUGUGAAUAAAAUUUUAAAAUGU